AGUUGAUUAAUUAGAUGGCGGUGUUUAGAUUAAUAAGCUUCUCGGUUCUCGGUCCUCUUUCUCUCUCUCUCCGCUCUUUCUCUCUCCGGAGUGGAGCUUUGGGAUCGGAUCAGUGAAGGAGAGGGUUAGCGAGGGGCGGAGAUGGUCGAGACGAGACGGAGCUCAGCCGCGGCUGCUGCCAAGCGAUGCCCAUCACCAUCGUCUUCCUCGUCGGCGGCGGCUCCCGCCAGCGCAAAGCGCCCGAAGGUAGAGGCGCUGCCGCCGAGGGAGAAGCAGCAGUUGAAUCGCGAGGAGUUGUCGGCUCGUGGAGAUGGGAUAACCUUAGCGGAUUCGCCUGGUGAGGCUCUAGCGGUGGACAUGGAAGUGGAUAACCAUAUUGAGUUACCCGUUCAAGAGCGUCCACCGCAGUUGGAUCUGCUGACGAAAAAUGCGGAAGGAGUAGCGGCAACAAGGGCCGUUGCAUGGGGAAAGCUUGUAUCUCAAUUCUCUCAGAAUCCUUCGCAUUCCAUUUGCAGUAGUUUAUUCACUGUUGGUAAUAGCAAAAAAUGUGAUUUGCAAUUGCUUGAUCCUACUGUGGGAACUACUCUUUGUGUAUUAAGGCAAAUGAAGCGCGGCGGUGCUUUUUUUACUCUACUUGAAACUGUCGGGGCAAAAGGUGUUGUACAAGUAAAUGGGAAAACAGUGGAGCAAAAAUCCAUUAUUCUUAUUGGUGGAGACGAAGUUGUUUUUAGUAGACCAGAAAAACAUAUCUAUAUUUUUCAGCAACUAUCCCAGGAGAAACCAAGUAAACCAAGCCUACAUAUUUUACGUAGUUCUUCAGAGACAAAGGAUGCUUCCAAAAAUGGUUUUAAGUUUCAAAACAGAACUGGAGAUCAUUCAACCGCUGCUGUUGUUUCAAUGCUAGCAUCAUUGUCUACCCUAAAGAAAGAUCUAUCUGUUCUUCCUCCAUCUGUGCCUAUUAAAUCUUUAACUGAUUUGGCCGCAAGUUCAAAUGCCUGCAAGCUCCUUGAGGAUCAAAAGGACUUUGAGUUUCCAGUGAAUUCAUCAUCAACUAGAUCCCAGGCAGUGAAGGAUGGUUUGAAACAAGCAAUUAUAGAACUUAACAACCUUGAUGUUUUCUUUGAAAAUUUCCCCUACUACCUCAGUGAGAGUACAAAGCAGCCUCUUCUCGCUUGUGCAUCUGUUCACUUGAAACAUAAGUUCUUGAAGUAUACAAAUGAGAUCUCUUCUUUGAGUCAGCGUGUUCUUUUGUCUGGUCCACCAGGAUCUGAAAUAUAUCAGGAAACUCUGGUAAAGGCUCUUGCUAAGGAGUUUGAUGCUAGAAUGCUCAUUGUGGAUUGCCUCACACUAUUCGGUGGGUCAUCUUCAAAAGAUGCAGAGUCCUUUAAGGAAGUUAUGAAGAUUGAUAAGCCAAGUCUCCUUGAUAAGCAACAUGCUGGAUUGUCUGCUUGUCUGCAACACAAUAAAUCAAUUUCCAGUGUUGAGGCUGAUAUUAUGGAUUCAUCUGUCUUUGGUCAUGGAUCUUUACCAAAGCAAGAUGGUCCUGCUUCCUCAUUGAGAUUCUACCCUUACAAGAAAGGUGAUAGAGUGAAGUUUGUAGGCCCAUUGCAGCCACCAGAAGUCCCUCAGGGUCCAAGAUGUAGAGGUCCGAAUUAUGGUUAUCGUGGAAAAGUAUUACUUGUUUUUGAAGAAAAUUCAUCUGCCAAGAUUGGAGUUAGAUUUGAUAAGCAUAUAGCUGAAGGUAACGAUCUUGGGGGCCUUUGUGAAGAACAUCAUGGUUUCUUUUGUGCUGCGGACUCACUUCGCUUAGAUAUUUCUUCACGGGAGGAUUUAGGAAGAUCAGCUCUAAACGAAUUAUUUGAGGUUAUAUCUGAAGAAUGUCAGCAUGGUCCUUUAAUAGUCUUCUUCAAAGACAUUGAAAAAUCUGUUGCUGGAGGUGUGGAUUCAUACCUAACAAUGAAGGUUAAGAUGGAUUCUGGUUCAUCAGGUGUUCUUUUUAUUUGCUCCAAUACCCAGGUGGAUAGCCGUAAAGAGAAGUCACAUCCAGGUGGUCUUCUUUUUACAAAAUUUGGAGGCAACCAAACGACACUAUUUGAUUUUGCUCUUCCGGAUUGCUUCAGUAGGCUGCAAGAGAGAAGCAAAGAAAGCUCAAAAACAGUGAAGCAACUCACAAAACUUUUCCCUAAUAGGAUCAUUAUCCAUCCACCUCUGGAUGAAGGCAAAGUUCUAGAAUGGAAGAAGAAAUUGGACAAUGAUGUUGAAACACUCAAGGCCAAAUCCAAUAUUCAGAGCAUCUGUUCUUUCUUGAAUCGCAUUGGAUUUGAGUGCAACGACCUUGACCGGAUCUGCAUAAAGGAUCAAACACUUUCAAGUGAAAAUGUUGAUAGAAUAAUUGGUUUUGCUCUUGGCCACCACCUUGAUAACAACACAUUUGAAGCAUCUCUAAAGAAAACUAAGCUCGUUCUUUCAAGUGAAAGCAUCGAAUAUGGUCUGUGUGUAUUGCAAAACCUUCAGAGUGAUUCCAAGGGUACAAAGAAGUCACUUAAGGAUGUGGUGACUGAAAAUGAAUUUGAGAAACGACUUCUUGCCGAUGUCAUUCCUCCAAAUGAUAUCGGAGUCACAUUUGAUGAUAUUGGAGCUUUAGAAAAUGUCAAGGACACGUUGAAGGAGUUGGUGAUGCUUCCGUUGCAAAGGCCAGAGUUGUUUUGCAGAGGGCAGUUGACAAAGCCAUGUAAGGGAAUACUACUCUUUGGUCCUCCUGGGACUGGGAAAACAAUGCUUGCUAAAGCUGUUGCAACUGAAGCUGGUGCCAACUUUAUAAAUGUAUCGAUGUCAAGCAUAAGCUCAAAGUGGUUUGGAGAAGGAGAGAAAUAUGUAAAAGCUGUCUUUUCCCUAGCAAGUAAAAUUGCUCCUAGUGUUGUUUUUGUGGAUGAGGUUGAUAGCAUGCUGGCGAGGCGGGAAAAUCCUGGAGAACAUGAAGCCAUGCGGAAGAUGAAAAAUGAGUUUAUGGUCAAUUGGGAUGGUUUACGCACAAAAGAUAAGGAACGUGUUUUGGUGUUAGCUGCAACAAAUAGGCCAUUUGACCUUGAUGAGGCUGUCAUAAGGCGACUUCCAAGAAGAUUAAUGGUAAACCUUCCAGAUGCAUAUAAUAGAGAAAAGAUACUAAAGGUAAUAUUGGCGAAAGAAGAUUUAGCUCCAGAUAUCAAUAUGGAAGUUCUGGCAACUAUGACCGAUGGCUAUUCAGGAAGUGAUCUGAAGAAUCUCUGUGUUGCUGCUGCACAUCACCCAAUCAGAGAAAUCCUUGAAAAGGAAAGAAAGGAAAGAGAUGCUGCUUUAGCAGAGGGUAAACCGUUACCUGUCUUGCACGACAGUAACGAUGUACGUGCUCUAAGUGUGGAUGACUUUAAACAUGCACAUGAACAGGUUUGCGCUAGCGUUUCAUCUGAAUCUUCAAAUAUGAAUGAGCUUCUACAAUGGAAUGAACUGUACGGUGAAGGUGGUUCGAGGAAGAAAAAGGCACUCAGCUAUUUCAUGUAAGCAAAUUUAGUGGAUUGUACAGCUCUUCCUUCGGAAAGCUCUUCCUCAACUAAAUAUGAGGGUUGGUGAUUAUUAUAGCAAAGCACUUCCGUUAAAGUUCUUAUGUAACAUAUGCGUCGAUAGCUGCAUUUUUAUAUAUUUAUUUCAAUAUCUAAUUUUGGCUAAUUUUAGUAAGAACCUUGAUGGAAUGCAUUUCCAUGUGUAUACAACACAGUUUAACCUUGUUUUUAUCGUUUGACAUUAUUUUGCAACUUCUUUUA